AACACGUGACACACGUGAAGUAAACGCGUAUGACGCACAUGUAAACACGACAUGACAGCUGAAAUCAGCGAUCAGAGUAUUAGAUGAGGUAAACAAUCGCUAGAGGAAAAUUCAUUGUUGUUUAUGGACUCUCUGAGGCCGACUUGAAAGAAAUCCGAUGCCGCUCGGCAGCAAACCAAAAUGUGUCAAGUGCGGGACACAUGAGACCCCUCUAUGGCACUCGACUGAUGCUGGAAACUUGUGCAAUGCUUGUUUGGAGGACGAACGGAAUGCUGAGGCGAGCACGUCUUCCAAAACGGACGAGGAGGACAGAAGCGGCUCGCUGAAGCCUAGAAGGAGCACGCGGAUCACGAGAUAUUGUAAUACAAAGACGAUAGGACCACACAGAAUUGUGCCCAAGGGUAAAGGUCGUAGGAAUCUGUUUAAGAAAACGCCAGUCAAGGCACCUACAGCUACUGCGACUCCAACCACCAGCAACUUUGUAUUUUAUAAAGGCACGUAUUUUCAAGUCGGAGAUGUAGUCUCUCUGCAAGAUGUAGACGGUGGUAUUUAUUAUGCUCAGAUACGUGGUUUGUUAACAGACCAGUAUUGCGAAAAGAGCGCCGCCAUUACCUGGUUAUUGCCCACCACAGCGAGUCCUCCACCGGAAGAAGGCUUCAUUCCUGAGACAUAUUUAAUUGGACCAGAAGAAGAUUUACCUCGUAAAUUAGAGUGCAUGGAAUUUGUAAUGCACGCUCCAUCGGAUUAUUUCAAGUUAAAAAACAGUCCCUAUCCACCUCCUCUCACAGAGAAAGGAGCGGGCUUUAUAUGGACGACUCUUAGAAAUGAAUUGGCCAUAUCUAAAAAGUAAUAAUAAUUCUUUAUUGAGAACAUGUAUUAGUACCCAGCUCAACACAAAGUCCAAUAAAAACGUCUGUCCUAAUUUUGGUCUUUGUGUUAUUUGGACAGUGUCGCUCUAAGCUUAAAAUAAUAAGAUCAUUUUUA